GGCCUGGCCAGCGGCACGAGGCCUCGGAGGCUCCUUGAGCGCCGAUUGGCUAAAGGAGGCGGGGUUCGGAGGGGCGCGCCGUGAUUGGUUCAUGCGGUUUGGGCGGGAAGGCCGAGCCACGCGGUGAGGAGAAAGAAGCCGGGAAAGACCGUGACGCCCCGGAGGGUUCUCUUCGCCUGAGCGAUGGAGGCGGGACGCGGCGGCGAGGAGGAGGAGAGCUGGCGCUACCGGGAAGAGCUGCGGCCCAACGGGGUGCGCCCGCAGGCGGGGGACGUCGUGGUGUCGCCAUAUCACCGGCUGGGUCAACGAAUGUGGGAUGUUACUGGAGACCAAGGGGUCUUGAAGGAAAUUAUCCGUCCUGGCUCUGGUGAAAUAGUGCCUCCUGAUGCUUCCGUACUAGUGAAAUUUUCAGGGUACUUGGAACACAUGGACAGACCCUUCGACACAAACUGCUACAGAAGAAAUCCCAGACUCAUGAAACUCGGUGAAGACAUUACCCUUGGGGGUAUGGAAGUUGGACUGUUGACAAUGAAGAAAGGAGAGUUGGCAAGAUUUCUCUUCAAACCAAGUUAUGCUUUUGGAGCGGUGGGCUGCCCUCCCUUGAUCCCUCCUAAUGCCACAGUCUUGUUUGAGGUUGAGCUUCUGGACUUUCUGGACUCCGCAGAAUCUGACCAGUUCUUCAACCUGACUCCUGAGCAACAGGAUGGGUUUCCACUGCAGAAAGUGCUAAAGAUAGCAGAAACGGAGCGGGAAUUUGGAAAUUACCUCUUCCGACAGAAGCACUUCAUGGAUGCCAGAGAAAGAUACAAGCGGGCCUCCUCAAUCCUGCACCGGGUGAGGGCCAAAGAGGCUGAGCAAGCCAAAGUAGACGCUGCCAAGCUCCUCGUCUUCCUGAACUUGUCUUUUACUUACUUGAAGCUGGAGCACCCAGCACGGGCACUUGCCUACGGAGAGAAGGCCUUGGAGCUAGACGAGAAGAAUGCCAAAGCCCUCUUCAGAUGUGGUCAGGCAUGUUUCUUUCUGGCAGAGUAUAAGAGAGCUCGGGAUUUUUUGGUCAAAGCACAGAAAGAGCAGCCCUUCAACCAUGAUAUUAACAAUGAACUGAAAAAGCUGGCCAGCUGUUACAGAGAUUACAUGCUGAAGGAGAAGGAAAUGUGCUGCAGAAUGUUUGGCCCCCUUAACUCUCCUUCAGUGGCAGAAAACCUGAAGAAUCCAGCUAUACAGAAGAAAAGAACUUUUCUAUAACAGGAAGACAUCCCACUUCAGUACAGCCAACAAUUACUUACUUGUUUUUGAAAGUUGGUAUGGAAGAGCCCUGCUUUAUUUGGAGUACUCAGAACUGAGAAGAUAUAAGAAUAUUUAAUAUAUACAACCACCAUUUUUAUUUACACUGUGUUAGUGACUACUCCUUGUUAAUGGCAUUCAGAAGCCAAGACUAUUAAAAGCUUCUUAUGAAAAGAAGAUAUCCACUCAUCAUUCUCUCUUUAUUGCAACGGGAACUCCUAUCUCCUUUUACCCAGACCAGGUAACAAGAGUACCCUAUUUGUAGACAGAUUAGUUUUCCUUAACUUCCUGCAUUGCCCAGGGCUCAGGCUGCUCCUCAUGAGUGUGAAAGGAUAAGGCUUGUUUUGUGGUUUUCUGUGAUGGUUGUUAGCAAAUUUGUAUUCCUGGCUAUAGAAAAUAAAGCAUUCAUGAGAAGAAAA